UAGUUAUCUCGGGAGGUCUGUGGGUAGUUCCCAACCCACAGACCUCGAAAAGCGGCAGAGCACGGAGCCGCCAACUACAAAGCCAAGCCAAACCUCGCGCUCCUUCCUGCGUCGCGGCGCACAGAAAACACACACGCAAGCGAGAGCCGCUGUCCGGUCUCAAACCACCCCAGCUCUGCUGAAGUGUACGAAAGCCACGCCGAACGAUUUCGUGCCGUCGCCUGCAGGUGCCAGCGCCGCGUAGAGAUCAGAGUCAGCGCCCGGCGUCUUCCCACCAGCGGCUCCCCCCCUUCUUCCAGCGCUUCGCCCCUCUGUGACCACCUGAGCGCGCGGUGCAACCUGAGCGCGGCGGAGCCGGGGCAAAACUGAGCGUCAAGCAAAGCCGCGGCCGCUUUAAGCCUAACGGGACUGAGUGGGAGGAGAGUUUGCAGCGCGGCGAGUUUGAGGGAGUGAAUAAGUACCCGCGGGGGACGACGCGAAGAACUGGAGCCCUCCCCUCCGCAGCCUCGGCUGCCCUCCUCCUGCCGCGCUCACACUUAGGCUCGGUUCAGCGGCGGGCGGCAAGAGCAGGAAGGAAAGCAAGCGGCAUGUGGUGCUGAAUGGAGCGCGCCCGGCGCCCCGCUGAGAAGCGUCCAAGUUGUGCUCUUCCAGCCCGCUCCGCUCCGCUCUCUGCAGGGGGGUCCGCCAGCCCCUCCCCUCCCCUCUUUCCCGCCUUCCACCCACAUGGGGCGCGAGGUCUUCCUUUGGUCGCCGGGGCUGUUCUUAGGGACUGAAAUGGGGCUCCUCACCAAGUGACACUUGCAGCGGCUGCGGCAGCAGCAAGCGGAGGGGGUGAAAAGCAAGAGGAAAAGCAGGCAGCGUUUCCUCUCCGAAGUGUUCUUUCUUCCCCGCUCCUUUAUUUUUUUUCCCGCCUUCUGUGUUUCUCUCUAGAGCUUCUCAUGCCUUCGCGGCCCCAGCGGGCGGCGGCGGCGGCUGCAGCCCCGCAGGAAGAGCCGGGGGUGGCGCUACUCUGAUGUCCCUGGCUGAGAAGCGGGAGCAGAGCUUCUCCUUCACGCCCAUGAUGAUCGAGGAGGACGCCGCCCUGAGGAACGGCAGCAGGGGGCUCUCGGGCCAGUGGGCGGACGCGGCGGCUGUGCGACCCCGCACCACGGAGCGCCACAUCACCGUGCACAAGCGCCUGGUGCUGGGCUUCGCCAUCUCCAUCCUGGCCCUGCUGGUGGUCACCAUGAUCGCUGUACUGCUCAGCGUGCGCAUCGAGGAGUGCGGCGGAGGUGGCGGCGACACGACUGCGGACAGCCCAGCAGGCAGGGCGGGCAACGGGAGCGUCCCGGCGGCAGCAGCGGCCGCUGCAGGAAGUACCCACCCGAACCAUAAGAGCGCCGCCGGGGAGUCCCUUGGCCGCGGAGGGGUGGAAGCGGAGGCGCCGGGCACAGCAGGCGGGGAAGACGAGGAGGAGGAGUGGCAGAGGCGGCGGGAGCAGCCGCCCUGGACCCAGCUGCGCCUGCCCGGGCACCUGCGCCCCCUGCACUACAACCUGAUGCUGAGUGCCUUCAUGGAGAACUUCACCUUCUGCGGGGAGGUCAACGUGCAGGUCGAGUGCCUCAACGCCACCCGCUACAUCGUCCUCCACGCCCACCGCAUGCACAUCGAGACCGUCCGCGUGGCUGAGGACCGGCUGGCCGGCGCCCUGCGAGUCUCCGGCUUCUUCCUCUACCCGCAGACCCAGGUCUUCGUGGUCGUCCUCAACCGGAGCUUGGAGGCGCAGAGAAGUUACAACCUCAAGAUCAUCUACAACGCUCCCAUCGAGAACGAGCUGCUGGGCUUCUUCCGCAGCUCUUACGUCCUCUACGGGGAAAGAAGAUUUCUUGCAGUUACACAGUUUUCUCCUACCCAUGCCCGAAAAGCCUUUCCUUGCUUUGAUGAGCCUAUCUACAAGGCCACAUUCAAAAUCAGCAUCAAGCAUCAAGCAACCUAUUUAUCUUUGUCCAAUAUGCCUGUGGAAACUUCAGUUUUUGAAGAAGAUGGAUGGGUUACGGAUCACUUUUCACAGACUCCACUCAUGUCCACAUAUUACCUAGCCUGGGCUGUUUGCAACUUUACAUACCGUGAGACUACCACAAAGAAUGGUGUUGCAGUACGAUUGUAUGCAAGACCUGAUGCCAUUAGAAGAGGAUCUGGGGACUAUGCUCUAAAUAUUACUCGGAGACUAAUUGAGUUUUAUGAAGACUACUUCAAAGUGCCAUAUUCCCUGCCAAAAUUAGAUCUCUUAGCUGUGCCUAAGCACCCGUAUGCUGCUAUGGAGAACUGGGGACUAAGUGUUUUUGUGGAGCAGAGGAUACUUCUGGAUCCAAGUAUUUCUUCCCUAUCAUACUUACUUGAUGUCACCAUGGUCAUUGUACAUGAGCUAUGCCAUCAGUGGUUUGGUGACCUUGUGACUCCAGUAUGGUGGGAAGAUGUAUGGCUAAAAGAAGGCUUUGCUCACUAUUUUGAAUUUGUUGGAACUGACUAUCUUUAUCCAGGCUGGAAUAUGGAGAAGCAGAGAUUUCUGACAGAUGUCCUACAUGAAGUAAUGCUGCUUGAUGGCCUGGCCAGUUCGCAUCCAGUGUCACAGGAAGUCCAACAAGCCACAGACAUUGACAGAGUAUUCGAUUGGAUUGCCUAUAAAAAGGGUGCAGCCUUAAUUCGAAUGCUGGCUAAUUUUAUGGGUCACUCAGUGUUUCAGAUGGGCCUACAAGAUUAUUUAACAAUUCAUAAAUAUGGCAAUGCUGCCAGAAAGGACCUGUGGAACACUCUGUCAGAGGCACUUAAGAAGGUUGGGAAAUUUGUGAAUAUUCAAGAAGUAAUGGAUCAGUGGACACUCCAGAUGGGUUAUCCUGUUAUUACCAUCAUGGGAAAUGAAACUACGGACAAUGUUGUAGGAAUCUCCCAAGAACACUUUAUUUAUGACCUUGAUGUUAAAAUCAAAGAUCAUGGCCUUGAAAACAACAGCUACUUGUGGCAGAUUCCAUUAACAAUUGCAGUAGGAAAUACGAGCCACAUCUCAUCAGAGGCAAUUAUAUGGGUGUCUAACAAAUCAGAGCAUCACAGGAUUGCUUCUCUUGAUGAGGGAAGCUGGCUGCUGGGGAAUAUAAAUCAAACUGGCUAUUUUAGGGUUAACUAUGACAUUAGAAAUUGGAGAUUGUUAAUUGACCAACUAAUGAGGAACCAUAAGGUAAUCUCUGUCAGUAAUCGUGCAAGUUUGAUCGAUGAUGCAUUCAAUUUAGCCAGAGCUGGCUAUUUGCCUCAGAAUAUUCCACUGGAGACUAUCAGAUACCUGUCCAAGGAAAAGGAAUUUCUGCCUUGGCAUGCUGCCAGCCGAGCUCUUUAUCCACUAGAUAAAUUGUUGGACCGCACAGAAAACUACAAUAUCUUCAAUGAAUAUAUAUUAAAACAAGUUGCUUCAAUGUAUCUUAAGCUUGGAUGGCCCACAAAUAAUUUGGAUAAAUCGUUUGUUCAGGCUUCCUACCAACAUGAGGAAUUACGCCGUGAAGUCAUUAUGUUGGCUUGUAGCUUUGGUAAUAAGCACUGCCACCAACAGGCUGCCACACUUAUCUCAGACUGGAUUUCCAGCAACAGAAACAGAAUACCGUUAAAUGUAAGAGACAUCGUCUACUGCACAGGAGUUUCACUGAUGGAUGAAGAUGUAUGGGAGUUCAUCUGGAUGAAAUUUCACUCGACCACAGCAGUAUCAGAGAAGAAAAUAUUGUUAGAAGCCUUAACAUGCAGUGAUGACAGAAACUUGUUAAACAGGCUUCUUAACCUAUCUCUCAAUUCAGAAGUUGUCCUGGAUCAGGACGCAAUUGAUGUCAUAAUCCAUGUUGCUAGGAAUCCACAUGGAAGAGAUCUUGCUUGGAAGUUUUUUAGAGAAAAAUGGAAGAUAUUGAAUGCAAGAUAUGGAGAAGCAUUAUUUAUGAAUUCAAAACUUAUCAGUGGAGUCACAGAAUUUCUUAAUACACAGAAUGAACUGAAUGAGCUAAAGAACUUUAUAAAGACCUAUGUGGAGGGAUCUGCUGCCUCUUUCUCCAGAGCUGUGGAAACAGUAGAAGCUAAUGUCCGGUGGCAAAUGCUUUAUAAAGAAGAAUUAUUUCAGUGGCUGAGAAAAUCACUGGCACACUAAUCAGUGUUUCUGACAAAGACUUAGUACCAAAUUUUGCAAGAGGAGGCAAGAGCCCGAGAUGAGAUUUCAAGAACUUUGACUGGAAUGAAGAAAAGUUAAUAGUGGAAAGAUAUAUAGAUAUAUUAUAUUUUUGCACCAAUCUCCUCAAAACUGUAAAAGACAUGGAAAAAAGAACUCUGACAAAGAGAAAAGGUCAUGAAUGCUUACAAAACUCAGUCCUCACUAUACCAUGGCCAAAUGUGAUAUUAAGUGGUGCAUGUAAAUGUUACAGUCACUUUGUGGGGAAAGAACCCUCAGAAUAUUUGUGCAUGGUUGUACGGUCCCUGCCUGUAUUCCAGCAUGCUUACUUAAAAUGUCCACAUUUUAUAUGUGUAUUUCUGUUACAUCAAAGAUGGGCAUUAUGCAAAAGCACAAAGACUAUCUAUGACAAUCAGUGUUGCAACAGCAAGGUAGGGCGGAGAGAACAAAGUGAAAGAUACAAAUGAGCAACAUGUGAUAAUGUGUCAUCUUCACAUUGUGCAGGCAAACUUUGUCAGCAUUCUGGUUGUCUCUCAGUUAUUGGGAUGCUAACUUUGUUUUUAAGUUGCAAACUGUCAUACAAAUUGUAAUUGAAAUACUCCCCUCUAAUUUAAGUUAAAGAUACAUACACAUUCAGAUACAGAUUACUCUGACAAUAUGCUAUAAUUGCAAAGGUACAUUUUAUUCACUGGUGAUCUGCUAACAUCAAAAUUUGCUCUCUGAUCUUAAGUGUUUACAGUCUUGAUGACAAGAGUCUCACAUAGCUGCUUGGGCUGAUUCCAUCUUCACCCUUCUGCAUUGUUUUUAUUUGGCAAAUGAUAUUCAGUAGCUGUUACUGAGCCAGCGUGUAAGUAGGUACACCAUUAUUAAUGCACAGUAUCAUAAAAAAAACUUAUCAAGUUGAUCAGAAAGAAAUAGAGAAUAUGUGGAGACACAAAUAAUCCCACCGUGAAACAAAAGACUUUACUAGAUAAUAGGUUUAAUUAUAAGGAAUGAUGAAUGCUAUCAUUUCCAUCACCCUGUCUGCAUGAGAGUCUUAUUUCUUCACAAGCAGGUGUUCCAUUAAAACAGAAUGGCAUUUGGGGAAACUGGGGAAAAGUUUAAAGUGAUACACAUUAAUUGGUGGUAGCCUGUACUUAAAAAUAAUAUCUUGUAUGUGUCUUACUUGUUUUUUAUUCAUGUAAAGUUGGCUUGUUUAUUUUUCCCAUUCAGUAAUUUCUUCAGAGACAUGUUCAAUAACAAGAUUGCUAAUAUGCAGUCACCAUUUAUUACCAUCUAUUUUGCCAUCUUAGAAACCAGUAUACUCUACAGAGUGGAGAAUAGCAAACUGUUGACUGCAACCAGCAAAGUAGAAGGGUUUUCUGUUGUGUUUAGCUGCUUAUAAUCUCAAUCUGUUCUCUCUUCCAACAUUGGAGUUGAAUUCUCAUAACCCAAAAAGGAAGGGAAUCGUUACUUUGUCUCAUAGUUCAUUCUGAAGAACAGUGUAGCUCCGACAAUCACAUCACAAUAACAGCAUUUGCCAGUUUUUCAUGUUAUACAUGAGCCAUAAGUGGGAGCUUGGAUACAAGCCAGUCAGUGCAUAAUAGCUCUGCCGGCUAGAGAGCGGACAGUAUUGAGUGGAAAGAAUCAAAUGUUGUGUCCAUGAAACCUUGUUCUUCAAAAGUUGUCCAUAAUGUCCCUAGAUGUUAUGUUUUGCUACAGUGACAACUCACAAGCUGAACUCUGCCCUUCUGUUUCACUAUUGCCUAGAAAGGGAGUCAAUAUUAACCUAAAUAUGUACUUCCUUUGAUCUGCCAUUUCAUUUACUGACUUGCAGCUAUAGGGAGGUCUUCUAUAAACAAGGACAAGGGAAUUUGUUGCUAUUAUUUGAAAUAGUGCUUGUGCUCCAGCAAGUGCUUCAUAUUUUUGCUCUAUUCCAGUGCUAGGGAGCUGUUUAUUUCUACACCAAAGCUAUAUGCUUUUUAAAAAUCAUGUCUAGCGUUCUCAUUAUACUUGAGUGGGCUGAUGACAUCAUUGUAGGUCAUGCACAACAUGUAGUUCACAGACUGUUCAGCAACAUCUCCAAGAUAAUGGAAUACAAUUGAACAAGGACAAUAGUUAUUUGCCCUCAUGCCAUCCCCAUAUCCUCUUGCAGUGACAUAUGAGGGGCAAGGUGAUCCAAGGAAAGAAAGCGGCACCAGGGAUGGCAGAGGUGGGAGGGAGGUUGAUAUAUUGGUCUAGCCUGAGGAUGGAAUAGAAGCUAUUUGAGCCUCUAGGGAGGAGUGGGGAAUAAUCUGCUGGUCUAGCUCUAGGAACUGAUUGAAGGUGAGCGAAAUUGUGGCAUUGCAAGUUAAGGGAGAUUAUCAUGAAGGGCACCGAUUCAGGGCUAAGGGCUUGGAUUUUGAACGAUAGCGUCUAAGUUUAUUAGGCAAUAUGGCCAGCUGUCAUCUCUGUUAUAGAUACGUCAACGGUGUGUCAUGAAAAUGAAUUAAGUUGAGAAAAAUACUCUUUCUCUGUAGCAGGUCCUAUGAAGGGCAAAGAGCUAUAGGUAUUUAUGUAGAUAUUUAAAGCUCUGCCUCAGCAAUGAUGUAAGUUCAUGUUAGAAAAACAUUGUGCAGGCCUAUGAUGAAGGAAAGCAUUCAGAUAUUCUUGACUACUUGCUAAGGAACACAACCUAAGCCAGUUUUUAUUUAUUUUAUUUAUUAUUUAUUUUAUUUAUUUAUUAGAUUUUUAUACCGCCCUUCCAAGCUGGCUCAGUUUUUCAUUUUUCACAAGAGAAAGUCAGUCAUUUGUGCUCUUACGCAUAUAUGUUUUAAACUGUAUUCCCCUGUUUACCCAAAAAUUCCACAGCAGUUGACAAAGUAAAUCCAACUAACAAAAUAAUGCGAAACAAUGAGGUUGUUCUCAUGACUGGGCGGGCGAGGCAGUGGGCAAGCAGUGGGGAAGGGUUCAGAAGCCCACCUCCCCCACAAGAAGCCCACCUUCAGAAACCCACCUCCCCCGAUUAUCUCCAAGGAUUGUCUGGGUGUGCAGAUCAUGUGCCUAGAAGGUCCACCGCUGCCCCAGGGAGCAUGGAGGUGCCCCCAAAUCCCAUAAUGCAGCAUGCGAGUGUGUAGUGCAUUGUGAGAAUCCCUGAGCAAUGGGUGGAUGCCUGUCAGUGCUUCUGGGCCGCUGCCAGCAGCUGGUUAAGGGAGCGCUUGUGAGGGAAACAUGAGGGAAAUGUGGUUAAGGGAGCGCUUGUGAGGUUAAGGGAGCAUUUACAAGGCGGGCUCCCUAAGUGGGUAUGCCGCUGGAAGCCACGUGCCUGCUGGUGGUUCUUACAGCCAGCCAAGCCUGGGCUGGGCUGGGCUUCCUUAGCCCGGCUGCUCAUGAGAACAACCAUAAUGACUGACAUACAGAGUGGUGAUUCUCUUUACUUAGCAGGGGGAGAGUAACUAGCCCUAUCCACCCCCAGCACAGUACUUCCAGUGACUCUUGCUGGUGUCUAUCUCAUGUUUCUUUUUAGAUUGUGAGCCCUUUGUGGACAGGGAGCCAUCCUAUUUAUUUGUUAUUUCUCUUUGUAAACUGCCCUGAGCCAUUUUUGGAAGGGCGGUAUAGAAAUCGAAUGAGUGAAUGAAUGAACAAACUGCCCAUGGAGCAAACCAAUUUGUGCUAGCACAAGAUGUUAGCUUAGUUCUGCUAAACAAACAGGGAUUUGCAGAAUUCCAUGAUUUCAGUAUAGUGCCCUUGCAUAAAUGUCCCCAUUAAAACAAUGAGGCAUGCUACAGAUGUGGAACUGUGGUGCAAGCAUGUUAGUGGUAGUGCAACAAUGCUCUGGAGCACAUGCUCCAAAACCUAGUACAACUAGCUAGUGCAACAGUUUUGUGCUAGUUUUGUGCUAUCCUUCCACAAGCAGUUUGCUUUUUUGGAUGGUGGCCAAUACAAAUGAGAAACAAGGAAUUGAAUGAUGCACCAGUAGCAUAACCCAAAAUAAGCAGCUAUACAAUCCAUCAUAUUGGUAAGCGGUCACGAUCUUAAUCAGCAAUUUCCAAACGCUUUUUGAAAGAAAAGAAUUUCUUAAAUGUUUUCAGACCAAAUGGUGGUCUCUCUGUGGAUAUCGGUGGUUUCUUGACUUUCAUUCCUCAUCUUAUCUUUACCAAAAGUUCAAGAUAACUUCUGAGCUUUUCAUAGAUUGAUUGAUUGGAUGGAUGUUUGCCCCACCCUACAUGCAAAGAUUCUCAGGAUUGCUAACAAUGUUAAAAUGAAAAAUAACAAUAAAUAGAACCAUAUAAUGCAUAAAAACAAUGGCUAAUAGGUCCUGCACCAUAAUAUGGGCAGUGCAGAACCACCUGCGCUAUUGCAGGGCUCUAACAGAUGUGGUGAUGGUGGUGCACAAGAGGGCAGUAUCGGAAUUACUGACCCCGUGUGAUUCUGCAUCACAUGCUGCUUCCAUUGAGAAGCAUCAUGUCACACAAGAGGCCGGUCAUUCCGGUAUUGCCCUCUUAUGCAGCACCAUCACGGCAUCUGUUAUAAUCCUGCAGCUGUGUUGGUGGUUCUGCACAGUAUUGCAAGCAGUUUGCAUAGCUAUGCAAAGUCAUGGUUAUGUUUGUAAUUCUGCUCUUGCACUAUUGGGCAAAAGUUCCCUGAAAAACAUACAAAGUGUGUCACAGGUUAUGCACAUUGUUGCACAAGUGCAAACAUAUUUGUGCUAGUGUAAUAGUAAACUAGAGCUCCACACUUUGUACAACAGUCUUGUGCUAAUUGAACACAUGUAUGCUUCAUGUGACUGGAUGUCAGCCAGCAUGAUUAAAGGCCUGGGCAAAUAAAAUAAGAAUGUACUUACUUACUUACUUCAAUUUAUAUACUGCCCUUCCAAAAAUAGCUCAGGGCAGUUUACAACAAAGUAAAAACAAUUAAAACCAGUUAACAAUUAAAAUCAAAACUAUAAAAACAGAAUAAAACCAAUUUAACAUUCAAACAGUUAAAAACCCUGGAAAACCAGGGCAAACAUUUAAAACAAUUUAAAACAGUUUACAACAAUUUAAAAACCCUGGAAGGCCAGGCCAAACAGAUAGGGUUUAAGGACUCUCCUGAAAGACAAUAAUGAACUCAAAUUACAGAUUUCUGCCAGGAGUGCAUUCCAUAGCUCAGGAGCAGCUAUAGAGAAGGCCCGCCUCUGAGUCACCACCAGACGAACUGAUGGUAACUGGAGACAGACCUCUUCAGAUGACCUUAAUGUGUGGUGGAGAUCAUGCAGAAGAAGGUGCUCUCUAAGAUAAUUCAGACCUAAGCCAUUCAGGGCUUUAAAGGUAAUAACUAGCACUUUGUAUUUUGCCAGAAACAUAUCAGCAACCAGUGUAACCGUUUCAAGACAGGCAUAAUAUGGUCUCUCCGGGUUGGCCCAGAGACCAAUCUGGCUGCCGCAUUUUGAACUAACUGAAGUUUCUGAACUACCUAUAAAGGCAACCCCACAUAGAGCACAUUGCAAUAGUUAAGCCUGGAGGUUACCAGCUGAUGCACCACUGUUUUGAGCAUUGGCUCAGAUCACUGGGUGCUCACAUCUGCCACUUGCCUUUAUUUGGUUCCAAGUAUUCCAGUUUUCCCUCUCCUUGACAAAGUAAACGACUUCUAAAUCUUAUUAAUUUCAAUACAAAAGUUAACCAUAUGCUUUAGCAUCUCUCACUGAAAUCAGGGAGAAGUGUGUCAUUGCUGGCUGGAUUGUGCUCAAAAUUCAAGCCCUCGUGAAUGCGAAGCUGAAAGUAUAUGCUAGUAACUCAGAAACUGGAAGGCAAAUAUUUCAAAAGUCCAAAUGGGCUUACUCUUUUUCAAACCUUAUUAUUCCAAAGUCGGUGUCAUGAUUUAUCAGGAUAUUUUUACUUUGCAUUCCAAUACUCAAUAAAGGAAUAAAUAAGUUCAACAACAUACUCAAUAGUUGUUGUUGGCAGUGACAGCUCAUGAGGCAGUUUGCUGGAGACUACAGAAGCACUGCUGCAAAAAAGGAGCAGGACUGAGCACCCUGACUAGAAGGCAUUGCAAGGCAGUUCCUGAUGACAUGGUCCAUGCUGGGCAUUGCUAGCCAGCCACAUGGCUGCACAGCAUUGAGUUAACAAGCCCCAUGCCUCCUAGACAUCCUACAGGAAAAGCACUGGGUCAGCCUUCCCCAUGCAGUGAGGUGCUCUGAUGUCUAAUGAAGCACCUCACAAACCACCAUUGAUAGCUGGCAAGUACAGUAUUCAUGCUGAUGCUUUGCAGGUUGUAAUGUGGCAUAUAACUAAUAUGUGAAAAUAAGUUCAUAAUACAUUUUACAACAUGUCUCUUGAAUUAUGGACAAUUUGCCCCCUGUUAUUUUACAUAAGUGCCAGUUUUGCCCUUUUUUUAACAUCAGAAUACCAGAAACAUCUUGCAUAAAACAUUUUUCAGUAUCCAUAAUAUUUUGAGAGUGUUAAAUUUAAAUGCACAUGUAUGCAUUUAGUUUAUCUAUUAACUUGGUACUUCUCAGUGACAGAUCUACACAAUCCAAUGUCACAUUAUAGUGAAGUAGCUGUUCUACCAAUGACAACUCCUAAUGAUACCUGUACUGUUUCCAUAACUAAGACAAUUUCUCUUUGGUUUAUACAAAAUAGUUUGAAUACCAGAGCAUUUAGCAUGACUUCAAAUGAUAAGUUAUACAAAACUGUGGAAGUGACACUUUGUGCUUAAAACAAGUUGUACUGUCAAAACUGGCUGUCAAAAGUAAACAUUAGUUUGCAUGAAUCUGAACUACUACUACUACUACCACAAAGAAUAUAAUUUAGCUCCUUCUGCAUCAAGGUUCACCUGAAAUUCUAGUAAUGAUUUCAGUGAACUUUGUUUUCAUUCUAUAGUUAUAAUGAAAGCUGGGUGUGUGUUGUGCAUAAUUUGAAGUUACUGUGAAUAAUACUGCAAAGCUGUGAAGAUGACAAGCUGAAAAUCAAUGGAAGCUUUUAAAAACAUGGCAGUAUUCUGGUGACAUUUGAAAGUUCCUGCUGCCAUUUAAACAUUGAUCCUUCUGACUUCCAGUAAAGAAAGUAAUGUUUUCAAUACAGAACCCCCAAAUUAAUCAUCUAUGCAACAUGUCUGAAAUCCAGCUCUUGUUUCACAUACUUUCCCCUUUAUCCCCCAAGCUUCUCUGUAAAUCAAAUCCAUAUACCUUUCCAUUAAUCCAGUGGCUUCAAUCAAACAAGUUGGCACACAAGUCACCCCAGUACUUGCACAUUUGAUUCUCAAGAGUUCAAACUUCCAUGUGUCUGUAUGUGGGUGGAGGAGACUUAAUCCAAGCACUCCAUUCCCACCCACAAACCAAGUGUUCCAUUAUGCCCCUGAGAUGGUCCAUUGAAGUUCUAAUCCAACAUUCAUUGGAGAACCUGACUCAUAGAAAUUAAAAGUAGAUAUCCAGGCGUGUAGGAUAUUAAGAAAAGAGAAUAUUAAUGAAAACUUUAUGCAUUUGAAUAAGUAACAUUAAUUUAUUUUGUCCUCCUAAAAAUCCAAAUUGUCAACUGCUGUAGACCUUUGUCUCGUGACAUUUUGAGACUACUGGGACUUAAGUUAGUGCUUAGUCCUGACAAACUAGUCUAGAUGCUGCCCAUUGCUUUUUUUUUUUUUUUACUGAAGUAUGUGUUGUGGCAGUAUCAGCCUUGUUUACAUUUUAAAGCAUGAAGCUGUAUUAAGUGUGUUGCCACAAGUACAAUAGCCAGUCCUCAAACAAAUAUCAACAUGCAUAAAAAUAACUCUGGCCUUUUCCAUUAUAUUUAGUGUUGAAUGACUAAGGUGUACUUACCAAGGUUGAAUUUAAUUGUACUGAAUCGUAGAUGGUACUGAACUAUGAAUUCACCAAGGACGUACAUAUUAAACAGAACCUAGAUAUUAUGGAUUUUCCCCAUUAGAACAUUUUAAAUACACCAUCUAAUGAAUAGGUUCUGUCAUGCACCUAGAGUUUUAUCCAUCAUCCUCUCCUAAGAAAAGUCAUAUAAUUAGUGGGGGAGGGGGGAAAACCUCCUCCACAUUCUUCUCACAUAAGUAAGAUCUUACAAUGUGUUUUGUUUCCAUGGAUAUGUGGCAAAAGUGUCCACUACUGCUCCUAAAUUAAGUAACCAUUUUUGCACCAUUACUGCCAUAGGGCAGAAGUGAGGCACAGCCGCUGUGAAAGCCGCUGCCUUAGUGCAUUCACACUGGGUUGUUAAAAUGCUUUAAACUGAUCAGGACUGGGGUGCUAUCAAGAGAGGCACAUUAAGAUUAUGAAGAAUCUCUUCCUUUGAUGGCCAAAAAACUAGACAACGCAGGCCAACUGGUAAUUGCUCAUGACCACCCUCAUAUGACCCUAAGGCAGGAGUGCACAACUUUGGCCCUCCAGCUGUUGUUGCACUACCAGUCCCAUCAUCCCCAGCCACAGUGGCCAAUGGCAAGGGGUGAUGGAAGUUGUAGUCUCAUCUGCAGGAGGCCUGAGGUUGUGCAGCCCUAUCCUAAGGUAUGCUCUUCAUCUAAGGAUACCAUUACGUAUACAACAUUUUCCAAAUGAUGUAAGUGUUCACAGCAAAUGGGAACUCUCGCUGUUAUACAAUCACAAAUAAUUUAAGAUGUUAUUACCACCCUAGUGUGAGCGCAUUGCAGAAUUUUGAUAUUCUAUCAAUUAGCUUUGUUAGUCCAAGCCAGCCAACCAAUGGACAGUUGUUUGCCUAACAUUUAUUUGAAUAGGUUGGAAUAUUAAUAUUCAAGGCUAUGGCAGGUUACUGUUUUGUUUAAAACAUGUGAUACUUUGUGUUAUAUAUAGGUUUGUAAAUGAGUCACAAUCCAUCACAAUGCUGGGAACACUUAAGCCCAUUGGAAUCAAUAGAUUUAAGUGCACUUAAUUCUGCUGAAUUGUGGCCAUGGUCCAUGUGUCAUGCAUUAUAUCCAAUUAAAUUUUAUGACCUUCUGUAGGCAGAAUUGCAGUAUGGCAGGUUAUAUUUUGUGCUGGCUGCUGUUUUCAUUGAGCUGAGAGCUCCUUUGGCUGAUCAAUCCCUGCAUUUUGUAUUCUGUGUAUUUAUUACAUCAUUGUGUCAUACCAAAUGGACAGAACUCCAAAAAUGCACAUUGGUAUACCCAAGUGAGAAGUGUGUUUUAUGUGUGUUUCUGUGUCUUUUAGUUAAAUGCAGUUGGAGGGGGCAGGUUGGCUUUGCAUCUGUCACUAGAAGAAGGGCAAAUGAAUAUUAAGAACUGCUAAAAAGGAUAUACCAUGUGAUUUUGUUUGGUAUUAAAAAUCUGCCUAUUAUAUGUUCAUCUUCAGGAGCUGGCAUAUCCUCCCUAAAUGCCUGCCUGGAAGCAGUAAUGGGCUGGAUGAGGGAGAAUAAACUGAAGCUGAAUCCAGAUAAGACGGAGGUACUUCUUGUGCGGGGUCAGAACUCUAGAGACGAUUUUAAUCUCCCUGUUCUAGAUGGGGUCACACUUCCCCAAAAGGAACAGGUUCGCAGUCUGGGAGUACUUCUGGAUUCACACCUCUCCCUGGUUUCUCAGGUUGAGGCGGUGGCCAGGAGUGCUUUCUAUCAGCUCCGGCUGAUACACCAGCUGUACCUGUUUCUCGAGAUCAAUGACCUCAAAACAGUGGUACAUCUGUUGGUAACCUCCAGUCUUGACUUCUGUAAUGUGCUCUACGUGGGGCUGCCUUUGUAUGUAGUCCGGAAACUUCAGUUGGUUCAGAAUGCGGCAGCCAGGUUGGUCUCUGGGUCAUCUCGGAGAGACCAUGUUACUCCUUUACUGAUGGAGCUACACUGGCUGCCAAUAGGCUUCCGGACAAAAUACAAAGUGCUAGUUAUAACUUAUAAAGCACUAAAUGGCUUAGGCCCUGGGUAAGAGAGCGUCUUCUUCACUGCAAGCCCCACCACCCAUUGAGAUCAUCUGAGGAGGUCCUUCUCCAGUUACCGCCAACUCUUUUGGUGGCUACACAGAGACGGGCCUUUUUGGUCGCUGCCCCAAGAUUGUGGAAUGUGCUCCCUGCUAAGAAACGAUCCUCCCCAUCUCUUGCAAUUUAAAAAAAACACCUGAAAACCCAUCUUUUCACUCAAGCUUUCUCAGAUUCCUAAAUUUGGGGGGUUUUAAUCUGUGGUUUAUUUUUAAAUCAUUAAGUUGUUUUAAGUUUUUUGUUUUUAUGCUAUUGUAAACUGCCCAGAGACGAAAGGUUGGGCCGGUGUACAAAUUUGAUUAUUAAUAAUAAUAAUAACAAUAAUAAUGAUCUGUAUAUGUACUUUUACAAUUGCAAAUAGCUGACUCAAAACAUUGUUUCUUUCAUGUAGUGCUGCGAGAGUUGACACUAUGUAGCAACUAAGAAUGUGAGUUGUCAGGAGGUUCCAGGUUCAAAGCUCACCUCAGCUAUGAAGUCAUUCAGUGGCCUUAGGUUAGCCACUAUUCCUUAGCUUCAGGCUCCACAUCUGCAACAUGCAGAUAAAAUUGGCCCACUAUACUAUGUUGUAAGGGUUGGUGAGAUAAUGUUGAUGAAGUAUUUUGAACACACUAAAGCACUAUAAAAUGCUAAGCACCAAAUACUAAAUGCACGGAACUUAUUUCAGUACAACCCAUCAUAAAAGUAUGAUUUGCAACAUUCAGAUUAUUGCAUCAUAUUCACAACUUUCAAUCUGGUUGUGAAGCUUGGAGUAGAAAACAUCAGAUGCUCAGAAAUGAAAAGCUAAUUGAAACUGCUUCUGGACAACAUCAAUGAAAAUAUGAGAUAACCAAUAACUAUCCACCUUAUAUUUCCUUGUAAAAAGACUAACUAGGGUUCAUGUAAGUAUAAUUUUGAUGUACUGUUAUGGUCUGCGAGUAAAAUAGGUAUUUGUGCGGACAAGAAUGUUAUAAAAAGAGAUUGCAAAACAAGUAUCAAAAAUUGUGCAGAAGGGAUUCAAUUUUUCCAUUUUCACAGGUGUCAAACACACAUAUGAAGCACAUUAUCCUGAUGUUUUCUCUCUCUCUACAAGCACCAUUCAGGUGCUGUAGAAAUAGCAGUGGCAAUAAAGGUGCAACAAAGUACAUUUACUCUAAGAAAUAUAUAGUCCCUUCCAUCAGAAAACAGAAAAGUAUUGUAGAUAAAUAGUGAUUACAACAAAAGGAUGGAUUGUUCUGAUGAUACUCUCUAUUUAGAUCUGUAUCUUAGAAUUAAUGGCCCACAUGUUCUGCAGUUUAAUGCAGGGGAUUCCCUUCAAGUAGCAUACCCACACUUUUGGGAACAGUAAUUAAAUAAUUUCCAAUGUAAGUACAGUUCCUGAAGUGUGGGCACACUAGUUUAACUUUUUACACUUUUAUUCAUGACCACCGAUGCUUCAUUUGGAGCCCAAGGUACCGAGGGCACAUGGAAACCACCCACAUUAAACUGGAACAUGUGGGCCUGUUUGUUUUUCCCCAUCAGCUCUCAAAACAUUACUUUUUUUGUGAAGAUCAUUCUACAGUAAGAUGUGUCACUAAUACACUUAGAGAUUGUUUAUCAAUUGUUUUGCACACAGCCUAGAAUUCAUUAUAUCAAUGAGAGGCCAGGUUCAGGCCUUUUGCUAUGUGAUGAUUAGAUGUGUAUGUCCACAUGGAGUAGUCCCCCAAUACUAGGAAAACCCUUGUGCACAGAAACUCUGUUGUGCAUGUUGGAGCUUCUGCUAAUGAGUCCUCAGCCUAGAACUACAUUUCUAUUUUGAAACAAAGCUGGAGACUGCAGUGAACAAGUCUUCACUCACUCUACAUAUGCGCAGAUGUCCUAAUUCAAAGAUUCUGUGUUUCAUGAAUGAGGUGAUUUCUAUAUAUGGAAGAUUCCUCUCUACUGGAAAGAAUGAGUAAAGCAGAGCUCUCUGCUUAAGUCUUGCAAAGCUUUGGGUUGCAGCCGCUGUAUUCAAGCAUUUGAUGAAGUAGCCUAGGUCCAUGGAAGCUAGCUUUUGCUGUAAUAAAUGGGUAGUCUUUAAGGUGCCACAAGAGUCUUUGUUGUUUUAACCACUAUAUAUGAUUCUUGAUCUUAGUCUCAUUGCUUCGACUCAUUGCUCCAGUUGGUUGCUUUUUUAACUUGGGAUUCUGCCUAGUACAAGCCCUAUAAUCCUUUGUGGACAUCAUUGAUGAUGCUCUUAUAUUGCCACUUCAUCCUUAAAGGUUCCAGUUCAACAGAACUGCUUGAGCACAUGCUUAAAUCCAUCCUCCUCAAGAAAAGCACAUCAAUUAUGUUCAUCUCAGCACAGCAAAAGAUGAGUAAAUACCAGAAACACAGCAAAAGAUAAGUAUUAGUAGAAACUCUGAUGGUAGCAUGUGUUUAAUGCUAUGCUGAAUUAAUAUAGCACUUGUGGAUGGCUGAAUAUGAUCUUAAAGGAAUCUUUUAACUAUACACUGGUCCAAAGGCAUAUCUGGUUUUCUUGUUUAACACAGAGAAAUAUAGCUUAAGGAAGCUCUUGUUUCAAGCCUACAUGGUCUUAAAAAUUGCUCACUACGUUCAUUUACUUCUUUACCAUCCUAAAAUUUGGGGAUAAGAAUGGGUGCAUCCAUAGUAAAUAUUACUGGUAAAUAAAAGCAUCACCAAGCAAUUUAAAGCAUUGACCAAAUAAAAUUUGAGUUUGUAUUACUGUUUACUGCAAGUAUUUUUCUAUGAUAUGCCUUUAAACCUAUUCCGUAAAUAUUGAACAAGUAUGUAUUCAACAUGAAAUUUUUAUUCCAUUCUAACCAAGGUCUCACAAAAUGGAUUUUUUUUCUAAAUGAGAAACUCUAUCUUCUGUAUUUUAAGCAGAAUAAAUUUGAAUUUUGUCUCUGAUAAUAAAAUUUUGUACAGUAAUGUAUAAUUCA